AUGCAGGCCCUCGCCCUCCUCAGCGUUCUCCUCCCCCUCGCGAGCUCCAUCUCCAUCCCGGCUGCUCCUCAAAACAUCCUCUCCAACCCUUCCCUCUCAACCAUCCCGACCUCCUACGAAUCUGCCAUCCUCGCCCGCCGCAUCCUCCACCUCACUCCACUCGGCACCCUCUCGACGGUUUUCCCCUCCUCCUCCUCCUCCUCCCACGAUGCCCAUUCAGUCGGCCAUCAGCCAGAGGGCGUAGACGGAAUGCCAAUCGGCCUUAUGGACUACAUCUCUGAAUGCGAAGAUACCGGCGACCCAACCAUCAUCUCUAUGGGCAUCGCGACCUCAUUCCGGAACGUCGCUGCCGGGUCGAACAUCUCGCUUUCGGUGCAAUGGACUCCUCCUUCUCCUCCGCAUUCCGCUGCCGCACUGCCGCGAUUCUCCCUGCUGGGGUAUCUUGAGAAGAUCGACCUCGACGAAGAGCAAGGAAAGGAAGAGCAAUUGAAGAAGUGCUACACAGAGCACCACCCGGAUGCGAAGUGGUGGCUGCCGCCCGGAAAGUAUGUGCAUAGGAGUGAGUGGGUUAGGCUUGUGGUGCAGCACGUUUACUGGGUUGGCGGCUUCGGGGACAGGGCAUAUAUUGGGUGGAUUCCAAUGGACGAGUGGAGGAGUGUUACUCGGGAGCAGUGGGAGGAAGUUAGAUUACCUGGAGAGGAGGGGAAGAAGGGCUGGAUGGGGUGGUUGAGGGAUUUGGAGUUUUCACCUACGACGGGUAGCUAG